AUGAGUUUGACGAAAUCAGGCAGGCACCAUGCCUAUGAGAAUUCGAAGCUGUACAAAGAGAGGACCAAGGCGUAUCACGAUUCCAAAAUCCUCUCCAGGCAAUUUGAACCGAAUGAUCAGUUGACACGACAUCAGUCAGGUCCUUUCAUAGUCAAGGAGGUUCGCCCCUAUGGUGACAUCGUCCUCCUCACACCAGAUGGCAGCAGGGAGUUCACAAUGAAUGGACAUAGGGUGAAGCACUACUGGGCCAAAGCUGAAAUUCCGGAUGGACAUAUCGUUCCUCUGGACGGUGCACCUCCUGCUUAA